UGUAACAAGAGGAGGCUCCUGCUGCUGCCGCUGACUCACACGGAUAAAGUUAUUAAGGCGCGGUCCUCAGUUCUGUUCUUGUCUUCUCACUACAUUAUCUUGAGUUAGGGAGCUGGACAGAGAGUUAGAGAGGAGACUUUCAGAGAGACAGUCUUAGGGUGUGAGAGUUAGGGCGAGAGACGGUGAGAGUGAAAGAAAGACAGAGAGCGAGAAAGUGUUUUUGAGAGAGAUAGAGAGAAAGAAAGUGCUUUUGAGAGAGAUCGAGAGAGAGAGAAAGCGACUUACUGAGCGAGAGAAUAGGAAUUAUAAGAGUAGUGAGGCCUGUAUAGGAUGUCAUGAUAGACUAAGAUGUGAAGAAAGAUCUGCACCGUCAGCCUGUUCAGGCCCAGAGACCCAGACAGAGGCCCAGCAGGCUCACCCUGCAGCCUGAAGUAGAGAGGAGAGAGUAAGGGAGGUACUGUGUCUUGGCACACCAGCAACACACAGGACAUCCACAAACCAGAGAAAGAGAACAUGGAGACCCUCAUCAUCAAGAAUGAAGAGAAUACAGAAGAGAGUCAUCCCAUAACUGGAAGCAAAGAUGUCACCACAUCCAUGAAAAACAUGUGGGACCUGAACCUAAACCAGGAACAAGAGGACCCAACAACAACACACGAUAAACCAGGGGAGAACACCCAGCCUCAGAACCAGGAACAAGAGGACACAACAACAACACACGAUAAACCAGGGGAGAACACCCAGCCUCAGAACCAGGAACAAGAGGACACAACAACAACGCACGAUAAACCAGGGAGAACACCCAGCCUCAGAACCAGGAACAAGAGGACACAACAACAACGCACGAUAAACCAGGGGAGAACACCCAGCCUCAGAACCAGGAACAAGAGGACACAACAACAACGCACGAUAAACCAGGGGAGAACACCCAGCCUCAGAACCAGGAACAAGAGGACACAACAACAACGCACGAUAAACCAGGGGAGAACACCCAGCCUCAGAACCAGGAACAAGAGGACACAACAACAACACACGAUAAACCAGGGGAGAACACCCAGCCUCAGAACCAGGAACAAGAGGACACAACAACAAUGCACAAUAAACCAGGGGAGAACACUCAGCCUCAGAACCAGGAACAAGAGGACACAGCAACAACACACAAUAAACCAGGGGAGAACACCCAGCCUCAGAACCAGGAACAAGAGGACACAGCAACAACACACAAUAAACCAGGGGAGAACACCCAGCCCCAGACAAAAUCUAGCGGGUUUACUGACACCCCAGAAGAUGUGCUGUGUGACUCCUGCAUCGAGAUCCCGUGCCGGGCCCAGAAGUCCUGCCUCACCUGCCUGGUGUCGUACUGCGAGGCCCACCUCAGACCCCACCUGGAGAACCAGAGGUUCCAAAAUCACCGGCUGGUGGAGCCCUUACAGGACAUCGAGUGUCGCACCUGUGAGGAGCACCGGCUACCGCUUGAACUAUACUGCCUGACGGACGGCUGCGGUGUGUGUGUGUGCUGCGAGUGUGAGGGACAGGGACAUCUGGGGCACAGUACUGUACCUGUAGAGGAGGCUCGAAGACAGAUCCAGACAGAGCUGCAGAAGAAACAAGGGGAGAUUAUGAAGACCGUCUCAGUGGCAGAGAAUUCCAUUGGCAAGCUACAGAGCAACACUGCAUCCAUAGAGAGCUCGGUGGCAGGGGUACGUGCUGUGAUGGAGCAGCAGUUCUAUCUGCUGCAAGGGGCCGUAGAAGAGGCCCGGAGGAGGGCCACGGAGGUUCUGGAGGGGGAGCAGAGGCAGGCGCUCAGCCAGGCCGAGGGCAUCCAGGCCCACCUGGAGCAGAAGAGCCAAGAGCUGAAGAAGACCCUGGCCAGAGUGGAGAGACUCUUCAGGAACAAGAGGGACGUAGACUUCCUGCAGGAAUACUCAGAGUGGAAGACGGGGGCUGUGGAUGUCUGUCUGCCUGGGCUCUACAUCGGCCUCACAGAUCGCCUGGCCUCCUUCAGCUGCCUGCUCACUGAGUCCACCCAGGAACUGUGUGACCAGAUCAAGGCUACCUACAGAGACAAACUGAAGGACAUCUGCAGGACUGAGAAACUGGGCAUUACAACCAUGGUCCAUCCCAAGAUGUCAAAGUCUUUUUCACUUCCUGAGCCUGAGAUGCGAGACGACUUCCUCACGUAUGCCAGCAGUCUGACCUUUGACCCGGACACUGUCCACAAGUUCCUGAGACUAACCGAAGACGACAGGAAGGUGACCAACACCACGCCCUGGCAGCACAGCUACCCAGACACGCCGGAACGCUUCGAGUACUGGCGCCAGGUGAUGACCUCAGAGAGCCUCUACCUGGGCCGACACUACUUUGAGGCAGAGUUGAGUGGGGAGGGCGUGCACGUGGGACUCACCUACAAAAGCAUCGAUCGGAAAGGCGUGGAGAGAUGCAGCUGCAUCACAGGAAAUGACUUCUCGUGGAGCCUCGGAAGGGAGGGGCGGAGCUUUUCCACUUGGCAUGCUGAUAUGGAGGCGGUCCUGGAAGCCACAAGUGUGUUCACGAGAAUCGGCGUCUACAUCGACUUUGACUCAGGCUCAUUAGCUUUCUAUGGUGUGACUGACAUCGCUAUGACACUCCUCUACAGGUACAAGGCUGAGUUCAUGGAGCCCUUGUAUCCUACUGUCUGGCUCUCAAAGAAGGACAGUGUGGUGUUGUUGGUUGGUCCUAAGGACCUCCCACUAAUGAAGAGCUCAACUCUGCCUGCCACCCCCAUCACUCCCAUGGCAACAUCAGCUCCUGUCAGUCCAGAAUCAUAAUACUUUGACUAGAGAAGUGUAGUUAGGUUAGAGAGGCGGACCAGUACACAUUUCUGUUUCUCACAAAUACAAUAAAGUAUCUAUUCUAUUCAUAAGCAGUUGCCUUAAGUGACUGAUACUUAUUUAACAGGACACAGCAUCAGGUAUCACAAGACAACAGACAGGGACUGAUACUUAUUUAACAGGACACAGCAUCAGGUAUCACAAGACAACAGACAGGGACUGAUACUUAUUUAACAGGACACAGCAUCAGGUAUCACAAGACAACAGACAGGGACUGAUACUUAUUUAACAGGACACAGCAUCAAGUAUCACAAGACAACAGACAGGGACUUUACAGGGGGUGUCUGCACUCAUCCAGGACCUAUAUACUAGGCGGUGUCAGAGGAAGGCCCAAAAACUUCUCCAGAUUCCAGUCACCCAACUCAUAGACUAUUGUCUCUACUACCGCACGGCAAGCGGUACCGGAGCGCCAAGUCUAGGACCAAAAGGCUCCUUAACAGCUUCUUCCUCAAGCUAUAAGACUGCUGAACAAUUCAUCAAAUAGCCACCCAGACUUUGUUUUUACAC